AUGACGCUUUGUGACUGGGCCACUAAGGCGCUGGGCACAGAGGAAAACAGACGUGUUUCUUUGAGCUGGAGCGCAGCGUUUACCGGCGGUGCGGCCGGUGAGAAGGCUGGCGGUUUUGUGAAUGAAGCAAUGGCUACAGACUCCCCCAGAAGACCCAGUCGUUGUACUGGUGGAGCUGUGGUUCGCCCUCAGGCUGUCACGGAGCAGUCCUACAUGGAAAGCGUCGUGACUUUUCUGCAAGAUGUUGUGCCUCAGGCUUACAGUGGAACACCUCUAACAGAAGAAAAGGAGAAAAUAGUCUGGGUCAGAUUUGAAAAUGCAGAUUUAAAUGAUACAUCAAGAAAUCUGGAAUUUCAUGAAAUUCAUAGCACAGGGAAUGAGCCGCCUUUGCUGAUUAUGAUUGGCUACAGUGAUGGAAUGCAGGUCUGGAGCAUCCCUAUCAGUGGGGAAGCACAGGAACUUUUUUCUGUUCGACAUGGCCCAAUUCGAGCGGCUAGAAUCUUGCCUGCUCCACAGUUUGGUGCUCAAAAGUGUGACAACUUUGCUGAAAAAAGGCCCCUUCUUGGUGUUUGUAAGAGCACUGGAUCUUCUGGCACAAGUCCACCUUACUGUUGUGUGGAUUUAUAUUCACUUCGUACUGGGGAAAUGGUCAAGUCCAUUCAGUUUAAAACGCCUAUCUAUGAUCUCCAUUGCAACAAAAGGAUCCUUGUCGUAGUAUUGCAGGAGAAAAUUGCUGCCUUUGAUAGUUGUACUUUCACGAAAAAAUUUUUUGUCACAAGCUGCUACCCUUGUCCCGGACCCAACAUGAAUCCUAUUGCUCUUGGGAGUCGCUGGCUUGCUUAUGCAGAAAACAAGUUGAUUCGAUGCCAUCAGUCCCGUGGUGGAGCCUGUGGAGACAACAUUCAGUCUUACACUGCCACAGUCAUUAGUGCUGCUAAAACUCUGAAAACUGGCUUGACAAUGGUUGGGAAAGUGGUGACCCAGCUGACGGGCACGCUACCUUCAGGUGUGACGGAAGAUGAAGUUGCCAUCCAUAGUAAUUCAAGGCGGAGUCCUCUGGUCCCAGGCAUCAUCACAGUCAUCGACACUGAAACAGUUGGAGAAGGCCAGGUGCUUGUGAGCGAGGAUUCUGACAGUGAUGGCAUCGUGGCCCAUUUCCCUGCUCAUGAAAAACCAGUGUGCUGUAUGGCUUUUAAUACAAGUGGAAUGCUUCUAGUCACAACAGAUACCCUUGGCCAUGACUUCCACGUCUUCCAAAUUUUGACUCAUCCUUGGUCCUCAUCACAAAGUGCUGUCCAUCAUUUAUAUACUCUUCACAGGGGAGAAACUGAAGCCAAAGUGCAAGACAUAUGCUUCAGCCAUGACUGUCGCUGGGUUGUGGUCAGUACACUCCGGGGCACUUCCCAUGUUUUCCCAAUCAACCCUUAUGGUGGCCAGCCUUGUGUUCGAACACAUAUGUCACCACGAGUCGUGAAUCGUAUGAGUCGUUUCCAGAAGAGUGCUGGGCUGGAAGAGAUUGAACAGGAACUGACAUCUAAGCAAGGAGGUCGCUGUAGCCCUGUCCCAGGUCUAUCCAGCAGCCCCUCUGGAUCCCCUCUGCACGGGAAGCUCAACAGCCAAGACUCCUACAAUAAUUUUGCCAACAACAACCCCGGCAACCCUCGCCUCUCUCCUCUCCCCAGCCUGAUGGUGUUGAUGCCUCUCGCCCAAAUCAAACAGCCAAUGACACUUGGUACCAUCACCAAACGAACAGGCAAAGUUAAACCACCUCCACAAAUUUCACCAAGCAAAUCAAUGGGCGGAGAAUUUUGUGUGGCAGCAACGUUUGGGACAUCCCGAUCGUGGUUUGCAAAUAAUGCAGGUCUGAAAAGAGAAAAAGAUCAGUCCAAACAAGUUGUGGUUGAGUCCCUCUACAUUAUCAGCUGCUACGGGACCUUAGUGGAGCACGUGCUGGAACCACGGCCGCUAAGCACCGCCCCCAAGGUCAGCGAUGACACCCCGCUGGAAAUGAUGACAUCUCCCCGAGCCAGCUGGACUCUGGUCAGAACUCCUCAAUGGAAUGAACUGCAGCCACCAUUUAACGCAAACCACCCUCUGCUCCUCGCUGCAGAUGCAGUGCAGUAUUAUCAGUUCCUGCUUGCUGGCUUGGUUCCCCCUGGAAGUCCUGGGCCCAUUACUCGGCACGGGUCCUAUGACAGUUUAGCUUCUGACCAUAGUGGACAGGAAGAUGAAGAGUGGCUGUCUCAGGUAGAAAUUGUAACGCAUACCGGACCCCACAGACGUCUGUGGAUGGGUCCACAGUUCCAGUUCAAAACCAUCCAUCCCUCAGGCCAGACCACAGUCAUAUCAUCCAGUUCAUCUGUGUUGCAGUCUCAUGGUCCAAGUGAUACUCCACAGCCCCUUUCGGAUUUUGAUACAGAUGAUCUUGACCUCAACAGUCUCAGGAUCCAGCCAGUCCGCUCUGACCCAGUCAGCAUGCCAGGGUCAUCCCGUCCAGUGUCUGAUCGAAGGGGAAUUUCCACCGUGAUCGAUGCUGCCUCAGGUACCUUCGACCGGAGCGUGACCCUGCUGGAGGUGUGCGGGAGCUGGCCAGAGGGCUUUGGGCUGCGGCACAUGGCCUCCAUGGAGCACAGCGAGGAGGGCCUGCGGGAGCGGCUGGCCGACGCCAUGGCUGAGUCCCCGAGCCGGGACGUGGUGGGACCCGGAGCAGACACAGCCCUUGACGUAGCAGUAAAAACCACCACCCCUGAGAGACACAUAGCUGUGAAGUGUGUUGAACUCCAGCGAGAGGGAAGCAUCGAGACCCUGAGUAACAGUUCGGGCUCCACCAGCGGCAGCAUCCCGAGGAACUUCGACGGCUACCGGUCUCCGCUGCCCACCAACGAGAGUCAGCCCCUCAGCCUCUUCCCCACCAGCUUCCCGUAGGUCCCAGCAGCCUUUGGGCUGGCCUGCCCACUCUCCUGCCGGAGGGACGGGGAGACACCCCCCCGUCCACUCCUACCCUUCAGACUCCGCUCCUCUUUGAACCCACCACCUUCCCCGAGCUUCGUGACGACAGCCGCCCAGCCUCCCUGGAUAGAGAAGAGACCCUUCUCCAAAGCACCUUGGCGCGCGCUGACCUCUGCCCCCAUCGUGGGGCCGGCCGUGGCCGAGACUCUGCAGAAGCUCCGUCCCCGCCUCCGUUUGCACACGAUGUCCCGCGUCGGACCUGCUUUUGUAUUUUCUAACCCAGCCCUUGCGGGGUGGGGGCCAGGGUGGGGAGGGUAGAUGGCUCGGCGGGCAUCUUGGCCCCGAGUGGCCAGCCCCGAUCCAGUCCUGGCUUCAGCACACACUGCCCAGCCUCCCGCUGGCGCUGAACUGAGGCCCAGAGUAUUAGGGGAAGAGGAAGGAAAGAGAAGCCCCCCUUCCUCUUUUCUCUCCCCUUCGGCUCAUGGAAAGGAUUUGUCUUUCUUGUCUGUAAGCCCUUGUACCCUGAUCCUGUACUGUUCAGUGAAGGAAACCGUGGUUUCUGAGGCCCUGUCAAAAAGUGCACGUCUUGUUCAAUAAAUCACGCUGCAACUGGU